UUACAACAGUUAAAGUUUCGAAUUUAUAGUUUUAAUUUAAACACCCGUUUUAAAGCCUCGAAGAAAACAAUAUGAAUAUAAAAUACAUGUUUUUCUUUUUAUGCUUCGCAAUAAAUUACUCGGUAAUUCAAAGCGGCAAAGUUACUGUGGACGACAUAGAAGACCUUAAAGCUAUAGACAUAUCUUUUAACUCAGCUUUAAGCCAUUUCGGCUAUCCACAGGGAGGUACACUUACUACGGCUGAAGUACUGGAAGUUGUAAAUAAAGAAAAUGCCGAGAUUUUAUACAAAUAUGGCCAAGACAACAAUUUGUCUCCAACAGACUUAAACAAUAUAAAUGAAGUUCAUUACAAGGGAUUUUUGGAGUACAUUGCAAAACAAAAACAAAAAGAUAUGGCAUCAUCGAGUCUAACUGAAUUGAAACUUUGAAAUCUAUAUAGAUUCGUGUCAAAGCGAUUUUAUCAAUAUGAAAUUUUAUAGUUUAUCAAUUUAUUAGGAAAUAUAUUAUUUCAUAUUCGAAGC